CCGAGAACCAAUGGCUUCAUCUCUCUCUCAUCACCGACCUCAAGAAGGCCUGCAAGGAGGUCUUCCCCGUCGCCGAAUACGCCUACACCACAAUCCCCACCUAUCCCUCCGGCCAGAUCGGGUUCAUGGUCUGCUGCAAGGACCCCAACCGCAAUGUCCGCGAGCCCGUCCGCACCUGGUCCCGCGAGGAGGAGGAGCGUCUGUGCCGCUACUACAACCAGGACAUUCACCGGGCCAGCUUCGUUCUACCCAACUUUGCCCGCAAGGCUCUGGAUGCGUGA